AUGGAUAACCAGUCCGGAUACCGGCAUGGCAACAGGGCCUUUCUUCAGGCCCUCCUUGCCAACGGGACAUUGACCUACAAAGAAGCACAGCCAAUAAUUGCCGCCAUCAUCAACGCCGACAAUGCUGGCGAUCCAGAAAGUACAGAAUGCAGGCCCGACCAGGUCUCGGAAGAGGUAUUCCUUGACUACAUCGACAAAGCUUCGGCCGCAGCAUCCCAGUUUGAUUAUGAGAUUCGGAGCACGCAGCACCAGGUCACCAAGGAGAGAUUUUUUGCCCUCGUCAACACCACUUCCGACCCCCAGACGCAGCUCGCCACAAUAUACAGCCCAGAGGAGUUAUCCUUCAUCAAGCGGGUUCUCGAUGCCAUGUUUGACAAGUUUAACCGGCCCCGGCUGGAGUCGCUCUGUAUUACCGAGAUGCAAGCUAUCAAACUAGCAAGGCCACCGCGCAGGGAGAGCCAGGGGGAUGGAGAAGAUCAGUCACAGGCUCCGACAGAUAGGGGGUUGAAGCACAGCGAGGUGGAAAACGUCCUCGAAAGUCUUGUUGAGGGGGGCUGGUUUGAGAUUAGCAGAGAGGGUUUCUACUCGCUGACACCGCGAGCACUCCUAGAGCUACGUCCCUGGCUCAUUGAUAUGUACAAUGAUCCAGACGCUGAACCUGGUGAGUGGCAGAAGAUUAAAUUCUGCGAGGCAUGUAAGGAGAUUGUGACCUGGGGGCUCAGGUGUUCAGAUCCCGACUGCACACUGCGGUUGCACGACAUCUGUCAAGAGGCAUUCUGGAGGUCACGGCGAGGAACGAGCUGCCCCAAAUGCUCCCGGGAAUGGACUGGGGACCACUACGUUGGAGAGAGAGCCAUCACAAUGACCGAGGCGUAUCGAAGGGGGCGAAGACAGAGCGGUGGUCACAGGAGUGCGCUGGCAGAUGAGAUUGUGCAUGAGCAGGGAGGUGACGAAGAGAGCGAAGGCGAGGAGGAGGAAUAA